UGCUCCCACCCUUCCAUUGUCUUGGACUCGGAGAAACAAAAGAUGGCCAUGGUCGCGGAUGCCUUAGUCUCCAAAUUGUGUGAGAUGCUGCUAACCUAUGCAAAGGAAGAGGCUGCCAAGAUCUUGGGUGUGCCCGAUGAAAUCAAGAAGCUCCAUAGGAGGUUGAAGAGGAUACAGGUCGUUCUCGCGGAUGCAGAGGACAGACGCUUCGAGAAUCAAGCCAUCAACCUCUGGCUGAACGAGCUGCGAGAUCUCAUGUACGAUGCUGACGAUGUCAUCGACGAAUGCCGGAUUGAGGGUGAGAAGCUUCUCAACUCAAACUCAUCCUCAUCUCAUGGUGUUGAGUCGGUACGUUGUUGCUAUCCUCCUAUUGCUUGCUUGCACAAAGUUAGAUUCCAUCAUGAGAUUGGCGAUAGAAUUAAAGAUCUCAACCUUAAGCUUGAAGAACUUGCCAAGGACAAAGAUGACCUCCAUCUUACACCUGCUCCUCGUCAUGACCCCUGUAAUAGUACUGGAAUAAGCAACAAGACAUCUCCUGUCGUUGAACCUGAUCUUGUGGGAGAGAAAAUUGAGGAUGAUACAAGGAAGUUGGUGGACUUGUUGACAAAGGAAUAUAAGAAAAAGAUCCCAAUCUUUGCUAUUGUUGGCAUGGGUGGAAUAGGUAAAACUACUCUUGCUCAGAAGAUUUACCAUGAUAAGAAGCUCCAGGAAAACUUCAACCAAAUGCCACUGAUUUGGUUGUGCGUGUCCCAAGAUUUCUCAGAGUCCGAAUUACUGAGAUCUAUCAUAACAAAAGCUGGAGGUGACCCUGGAGAGGCUAAGGAGAAGGAUGUGCUCGAACCCAUGCUUAGCCAAGUAAUCACGAACAAGAAGUUCUUCUUAAUCUUGGAUGAUGUUUGGGAUGCACAAGUAUGGGAUCAGGUACUGAGAAAGCCCUUGCAGAGUGGUUUGGCAGAUAGUAGAAUUUUGAUAACCACUAGAAAUAUAGACAUUGCCAAACAAAUGGGUGCCACAUACAGUCAUAUGGUGGAGAAGUUGUCUCCAGAGGAUGGUUGGUCAUUAAUUUGCAAGAUGGUGUUUGAGGAAGGGGAUGAACAAGACAUGCAUGACUUGAGUGAUAUAGGGAUGAAAAUUGUAGAGAAAUGUGAUGGCCUUCCCCUUGCUCUUAGGACAACUGGAGGGCUUCUUCGAACCAAAGCAAAAAGGCCAUUGGAAUGGAGAAAGAUCCUUUCUAGCCCAGCAUGGUCUUUUACAGAGCUUCCAAAAGGGGUGAUGGGCGCAUUAUACUUGAGCUAUCAGGAUUUACGACCUGCUCUCAAGCAGUGCUUCACUUGCUUUUCGUCAUUUCCUGAGGACCACCUGAUUUCUGAAGCUGUUUUUGUCAAUAUUUGUGUGGCAGAGGGCUUUUUAACAUCCAAGGACAAUACGUUCUUGGAAGAAGUGGUAGAUGGGUAUUGGAAGGAGUUGGUGCAAAGGAACCUUCUACAGCCAGAUCCUAAUUGGUAUGGUGUAUUUGGUGGCAAAAUGCAUGACCUCUUGCGAUCUCUAGCACAGCAUAUAGCACAGGAUGAGUGCUUCGUCGGAGAUGCACAAGCCUUUGAAAGAAGGAUCGAGGCGUCAUCAUCAUCGACGACAAAACUACGCCGUUUAUCAAUUGUAGAUGAAAAAUUAGAAACCAUACCUGACUUGAUAAUGAAGCAGACAUCCUUGAGGACCCUGUUAUUCUUCCAUACCCCACAUAUUCAUGAUCUUCCAGAGGACCUCUUCAGAAAGCUGAAGAGAUUAAGGAUCCUGAACUUAAGUGGAACAGCCAUUAACAAUCUACCGACUUCCUUGGGAGAUCUUGUACACCUUAGAAGUCUUUGUAUCGAUGGUGCUCCAAUAAGAGAGAUACCGGAGAGUAUAGGGAAUCUUAGAAAUCUCCAAUUCCUGGUACUCGAGCAUUGUUACUGUUUGCACAGCCUCCCUAGCAGUGUCCUCGGGUUAAUCAGUCUAAGGAAUCUUUAUGUCAGCUAUACACCACUUGAUGGUCUGCCUAUGGGAAUAGGGAGACUGCAACAACUGUAUAAUCUUUUUGGAUUUGUGGUGAAUGGUAGCGCCGGCGGCAGAUCUAUAGUAGGAGAUGGUGGAAAGCAGGAGCACAAGGGACAUAAAGACGGGAGGUUUUGCACCCUGGAAGAGUUGAAAUCCCUCUCCCAACUCAGGUAUCUUAGCAUAUACAAAUUGGAGAGGGUAUCAAACAGGGCUGAAGCAAGAGCUGCCGCACUUGAAGCCAAGCCCCAUCUUCUCUUCCUACAAAUGUAUUGCACGCUACCGAGCAGCUCUUCUGAUGUGCAGGAAGAAAUCAAGAGAAUAGGGGAGGUCUUCGAGGAGCUUCGCCCACCGCCAUGCCUUGAACAAUUUGAAAUCCAUGGCUACUUCGGCCGUGAGUUUCCCAGCUGGAUGAUGUCACCCUCCUCGUCAUUGCUUCCCAACCUACGAAGGUUGUAUCUGAAUGAUUGUGCACUAUGCCAGCAGCUUCCACCCUUGGGAAUGCUGCCACGACUAGAUUACCUCCGCAUUAAAGGUGCUUCUGCAAUCAUGAGCGUUGGGCCUGAAUUCUUAUCGCUGGGGAGUGGAAGAAAAAUAGGCUCUUCCUUGUCCACCUACUUCUCCAAACUAAGGCAUCUUAGGUUUGAAGACAUGCCUAAUUGGGAAGAAUGGGGAUGGGAGGAGGAGGACAACCAGACAACAUCAUUGCUACCAUCACUUGAUAAAAUUGUCAUUAACAGAUGUCCGAAGUUGAAGUCUCUUCCAGAUAGACUCCUUUGUCAUGCCACCGCCUUGAAGAGUUUAGACAUUCGAGGUGCCCACAGCCUGAGAGAAGUACAAAACCUCCCCUCUCUUACAGAAUUGAUCUUGAUUCGCAACUCAUGUUUGGAGAGAGUGUCCAACUUCCCUGCACUCAAACACCUAUACGUUUAUGGUUGUGAGAAGUUGAUGUAUGUGGAAGGUGUGGAUGCCGUGGAGCAUGUACAGCUCGAUGAUCGAGAAGCAGAGUCUCUCCCAGAGUGGCUGGUAGGUGCUGGUGAAGAACAACCGCGCUUCCCUUCUCUCCGCAAGUUGACUCUGGAAAACGAAAUCUGUCGUCGAGGGCUACCUGACUGGCCUUUGAUCCAGUGACACAUCACCCAUCUCAUGUUGAAGCCAUCGGUUCCUCCUCUCUUUCUCUCUCUUCUUUUCUUUU